AUGGAAGAGCAUGAUGAACGCACAUUUCUUUGUGGGUACCAAAAUUCACGAGGAUAUGGUAGCACCUCAUGCCUCCAGACAUGUAAAAAAAGAUACCGCACAGUUGUACGUCAUAAAGUGGAACCCAGUGAUACUUUACGAGGAAUUGUUCUCAAAUAUAAUACUUCCGUAAGUUCUUUUGCGGUGCCACAUCCGUUCUUGGCGGUUUCAGAGAUGACCGAAGUUAAGAGGAUGAAUCGUUUAUGGUCUAAUGAAAGCCUGUUUCUGAAGGACUUCAUCGACGUACCCAUCUACGACAGCAACGAGACCGUAAACAAUGCCAUAUGCAGCCGUAAUGGAUCUCAUGUAAUUAAAGAUACUGAUGAGCCUAUCACUGAAUCUGUAGAAGAACUAUUUAAAAGAAUAGACCAAAGUAUAAAGGCAACAACGAGAAAUGUCAAAAAAUUAGAAAAGAAUAUAAGGUACUACACUCAGAUUUUAACGUGCAUUAUUGAGCUGGAAAUGUGUUUAGAUUUAUAUAAUAUACACCUUCUAGCGUGGAAUGGAGUCCCUUCGACAGGUCAGCCCCGCAGAAGAGGAUGAGA